AUGCACUCCACGCCGUUCUUCAUUUGGAAUCUGACCCAUUUCCCCUGCAGGAUUCUUAAAGAUGAGCAGAUUCAGCAUAUGAUCCAAUGGGUGGCGAGCGGUACAGCGUUCCGCGUGUCCAGCCCGACUGAAUUUUCCCGCAUCGUACUGCCCACCUACUUCAAGCAUGCCAAUUGGCAGUCCUUUGUCCGGCAGCUCAACAUAUACGGCUUUCACAAGGUCACUCCCGCAGCGUCAAUAUCACCGGAAGAGAGUGCAGGCCAGGUUUGGGAAUUCCGACACCCGAGCUUUCGACGCGGUGAGGUGCAGUUGUUGAGCCGGAUCAAGCGAAGG